AUGGGCCGAAAGCUGUUUCUCAGCCAUCUGGCAGACGCGGGUCGCCUUGGUAACAAGCAUAUUCAUGGCGUCCGCAGUCCCGAAGAAGGCAUCGUGAUCUUCACCUAUGUCUAUCCGACAAGCCCUUUCCACAAUGUCGACAUUCAAGCAUACGCCACCGAUCUAGAAGAGUAUCCGGACCGCAACUCAUUCAUGCUUUGUACUCAAGAUGAGUCUGCCGAGUCUGUGGUCUCUGCGGUCCUACAGAAACUUUCUGGGAGCGCGAAUGGCAAGUCGCUCGGCAGCCUUUUGUCCGAGCUCUCAGAAAGCCUUACCGUAGCCAUCUCCGCCGGAGCUUUAGUCGACAACAUAUCAGAAGAGGGUAAAGAAGAUGACGACGAUUUCGAUUUCGACUUCGAGGGCGACUCCGACAAUGAAUUCUUCGGCCCGGUCGAGAGCAAACCAACCAGUAGUACGGAUAUUGACAACAUGGUUCUUGAAUCUGGCAUUUGUUCAAAGGUCGACGCCGAAAAGGUGGCAAGAGCGCGUGCAGACCUGAAGGCACUCAAGGAAUCAGGUUUUCGUGUCGGGGUGUUCGGAAAUCCUGCAACUUCUGGCAUUUUAUGUGUCUCGAUUCGGAUCUCCAAGCUCGGUCUGUCAGACGAAGCCCUCGAAGCAUGGGGUAUUCCGCGAAAGCGCUACCUCACGCUCCUGAUCAAAUACUCUCGAGGUUACCGUGAUGCAACCAGAGUCGCGGAUGACAAGGAUCUCACGAGCUCGGUACAAAUGCGCGUGGGACUUUGUAAACAUUACAAGCCUUCCGCACACCAUGUCCUCGGCGUCUUCCAGUGUCCCACCACGGACAGUGCUGCUUCGACAGAUCAGGCCAAGGACACUGCCAGGGAUAACUUCACCAUCGAGCCCUUGUUCGUCGGCAAAGCACUGAACCAGUUACUUGAGGAACGUGUGUUCAAGAUCAUCUACGCACGGCACUUAUAUCACCUGACCUGGCUUGGAGCAGAGAAAUUUAUCGCAGAGAGACAGGCAUCUGCAUCUAGCGACAGCGUUCUCGACCUAACGCCUUAUUACUGCGACGAUACUGCUGGUGCCCAUAACCUGCCGGCUAUCGUCCUUUCUGACCACAUGCUUCAGGUACCUCUCCCGCAGGCUUCGUUACCACUGAUCGUUAUGCAGUUUGUUCUCCGGCACGUUGUCAGAUGCACAGAAUUUUGUCUAGUGUGCCAUUGCCCAGUAGAUGACUCCUUCGAGGCUUUGAAACCAUACGUCUGCCCCAAGCCUCUCUGCUUGUUUCAGUAUCUGGCGCUUGGAUUCGGCCCCAGCCUGGAGUGGGAGAUUCUGACCCAACCUUACGUGGUUGAUAUCUUGGUUAGUUUCUGCUACGCCGCCGCAUCCAAUGGUCGAGUCAAAGAAUUGCCGGUGGGCAUGAAUUUACUGGUUCCUCUCAUUCGACAAUAUGAAGUCCCCGACACUGAGGUACUCUCGUAUCGCGGAUAUUCUCGGAAAUACAAUCCGGUGCCUCAGCCUACAUCGACAAUACCAGAACCGUCUUUCUCCGGCACCUGGGAUAAGAGCACGCUGACUCUGGUGGUUGAUGGAGCCCAAGGAUCAACGACUGCCACAGUGCAGAAGAUAGACGAAGAGGCAAAGAACUCUGCAGCACAACUCGCCGCAGUGAAGAAGGUCAAAGCCGGAGAUUGGAUCGCGAUGUGUUCGGCAAGGAAUGCGGUUAUUGCGCAUUGCCGGGUCAAGAGCGUCGCCCUACCUCAGAUUGCGCUUCACCAGCCCAUCUUCGUGUCCUUGAAGCCCUCCGUGACAGAUCCUGAGAGGGGCCCUCCUUGCGUAUUCAAGACCUCUCUCUACAAAGUCGACUGCUAUUUAUACGACAAAAACUUCGACGAAAUGCCAACAGCCUCCCAACAAAGCGCGAUCUUAGCAUUGCUCGAUACACUACCAGGCGUAAACGACAUGCGUAGGUAUUUAGAAUUACAGGGUCGGACUCAGAACCACAACCUAAAGGCAUGGAGCGACAGAAUAUCUGACUCAGCACUCAAUCUCCUGCGUUGGAUCGUCGCAUCGAACCGAUCCUGUAUUUUACAAGUGGAUGAGAUUUGCGAAGGGGAGAGCUCUAAGAUUCUGGGAAGGCCUGCAGACCGGGUAGGCGGAAUGGACGCAUGGAUGCAAUUUCGCUUUGCUCAAGGUGCUCCAGAUAAAGAGAAGCGCUUCAAUGAUUGCGUGAAAGAGCAGGCAGAGGUGUCUGGAACUGAAUAUCCAACCCUCUUUGCGUGGCAUGGAAGCCGCAUUGCAAACUGGCAUUCCAUCAUUCGGCAAGGCCUUCACUAUGACGAAAUCAUUAAUGGCAGAGCGUUCGGCAACGGUAUUUAUAUGAGCAACACCGCCAUGACGAGUUUGACUUACAGCCAGCACAUCAAUCGCGCGGAGUCAGCAGGGUGGAAGUCUUCGGCACUGAAGAUCGCCAAUGUUCUGUCGCUACAGGAAGUAGUGAACAACACGGACAAAUUCGUAUGCAAACAUCCUCACUACGUGGUUGCCGAUAUCGACUGGGUGCAGACACGGUACCUCUUCAUCAAGACCAAGAAUAUGGCAACAAUCGUGGACGAGUCGGUGGGUACAGUGUACCAGCAGGAUCCGGCUCGGCUGGUCUACAAUGAACUUGGUCGGUCCAUCUCCAUCCCAAUAACGGCCAUUUCCAAGACCCGCAGAACUUGGAGUGGCAUUUCGUCGCCUUCAAGACCUCAGGAGAAGCGCCCGAAGACCGUCCACCCCACCGAUCAAGCUUCUGCUGAAUGUCGAGUCGAUGAUGAUGACAGUGUCUCUUCCGAUGCAGAAGAUCUAUCCUUUCUCCAAGAUCCCAACGACAGAUACGAUCCUACCGCACGCGCACCUCCAGCGGAUACCACGGCAAUGGAAAUUAGUGACAACAAGGCACAUGCAUGGCCACCAAUUGAUACGGAUUUUGUGCCUGGUCAAUUAGACUUGCAGGGUAUUAAUUUCAUGGAAGAACCACAGGACGCUACUCCCACUGCGACCAAAGCACUCAUGCGCUUGCUAAAGGACGCACUGGACACCCAAAAACAUACGGCGCCAGCAACGCUCGGAUGGUACAUUGACCGCAACCUCAUCCACAACAUGUACCAGUGGAUCGUGGAGCUGCAUAGCUUUCCAGGAGAUCUUGGUUUGGCACAGGAUAUGAAAGUGGCAGGGUUGACGUCAAUUGUCAUGGAGAUGCGAUUCACAAGCCAAUUUCCUUUCAGUCCACCAUUCAUUCGAGUGGUAAGGCCUCGAUUUCUUCCCUUUUCUCAAGGUGGAGGUGGAAACGUGACCGAAGGAGGUGCGAUGUGUAUGGAAGUACUGACCAACAACGGGUGGAGCGCCAGUCUCACGAUUGAAAGUCUCUUGCUUCAAGUUCGGCUUGUUCUGAUGGACACAGAGCGCCCAGCUAGGCUGGCUGCUCCGUCUCGACAUGGUGGGCAGAGCACCUACGGUAUUGGCGAGGCUGUUGCUGCGUAUAUUCGUGCGUGUGAAGCGCACGGGUGGCAGGUUCCCGCUGGCUUUAACACCAUUCGGCAGUAA